AUGAGCUUUGUGCCGCCGCCGCUCUUCGCGCCCGAGCGCAACGUCGCCACGGCCAGUGGCAGCAGCAGCAGUGGCGGCGACGGCAAUGCCAGUAGCAGUCAGGCAAGCGGCGAGAAGCAGCCCAUCGAGCACAUCACCACGCACGAGCAGUACCACAACUCGGGCGUCGCGGCCUCUGCGCUGCCCGCGUCGCCCAUCGCGCUCUUCCACACCUGGUUCGCCGAGGCCAAGGCAGCCAACAUCUAUGCGCCCGAGACGAUGACGAUCGCGACGUGUACUGCUGCCUCGCCUCCGCGGCCGUCGAGCCGCAUCGUGCUGCUCAAGACGCUCGAGCCGAGCGGCUUCACCUUCUUCACCAACUACGCCUCGCGCAAGGGCCGCGAGCUGGAGGCGAACCCAUGGUGCAGUCUCACGUUCUACUGGGCCGGGCCACUGCAUCGCUCCGUGCGCGUCUGUGGUCGUGCCGAGCGGCUCAGCACCAAGGAGUCGCAGGCCUACUUCGACACGCGCCCCCUCGGCAGCCGCAUUGGCGCACACGCCAGUCCGCAGAGCCAGCCCAUCUCGCGCGAGGACCUCGAGGCGCGCGUGCGCGACUUUGAGCAGAAGUUUGGCGUGCCGGGCGCUGCGGGACUGGACGGGCCAAAGGAGACGGAGGAGAAGCACAUCGAUGUGCCGGAGUACUGGGGCGGCUGGCGCAUCGUGCCGGAUGAGAUUGAGUUCUGGCUCGGCCGCGAGAAUCGUCUGCACGACCGCUUCCGCUACACGCGCCCGACGGAGAGCACCAAGGUCGCCGCCGAGGACACGUGGACGCUCGACCGUCUGGCGCCAUGA